CGUGAUAUCGUGACAGGGUGCAAAGGGUGGCGGUGUUCCAGACCAACAAACAACAAAAUGACAGAACCAAACCCAACACGCAUCCUCCUCCUCGGCGCAACAGGCUACAUCGGCGGUUCAAUCCUCACCCACCUAAUCAACCAUCCCAUCGCCGACACCCUCUCCAUCACCGCCCUCGUCCGGAAACCAUACCAAGCAUCCAUCCUCAAAGACGCAGGCGUCAUCCCCCUUCUAUUCAAAGAUCUAGAUGAUUACGAGACUAUCUAUGACGCUGCCAGGGAGGCCGAUGUCGUCAUAGCCGCUGCGUCGGCGAGACAUGAAGGAAGCGCGAAAGCCUGUCUUGAAGGCCUUUCCGAACGCUCUAAAACGACUGGACAGCCAGCGCAUUAUGUCCAUACCUCUGGCGCAAGUAUAAUCGGCGACUGGCCUGUGACUGGCACUCGCGUUGAUGAGAAAACGUAUUCUGAUGUUAGCGAUGAUGUUUUUGAGCUCGAGAAGAUGUUUGAGAGGGAAGAGGCGGGGUGGAGUCCUGUGAGGAGUGUUAAUCAACUUGUUGUUGAGAGUGGGGAGAGGCUGGGUGUUAAGACGUAUAUUGUUGUGCCGCCGCUUAUCUUCGGGCCAGGAACUGGCUCUUUCACGCUCGGCUUUGGGCAGGUGCACAUGAUGGUGCAAGCAGCGCUGAAGAGGAAACAGGCUGUCAUGGUUGGUGCAGGUUCUGGAGUCUGGAGCAGGAUACACAUCCUGGACCUCACAUCCCUCUACUUUCUCCUCACCCAAGCUAUCCUGGAUAAGAAACCGGAUCUUCGGAGUGGAAAGAAAGGCUUUUAUUUUGUAGAGAAUGGGACAUCAAGCUGGAAAGGUAUUGCGGAGAGGAUUAGCGUUGUUGGGAAGAAAAUUGGCGCUUUUGAGAGUGAGGAGGUGGGGAAGAUGAGUCUGGGCGAGGCGAAGGAGGAGUUCGGGUAUGGGAGUGAGAGGGAUGCAGAGGGGGUUGUGGGGUCGAGUGCGAGAAUCAAGGCGGACAAGGCGAGACAGCUCCUAGGGUGGAGCCCAACGCGUGGAGAGGGGGAAUUCUUGGAGGAGAUUGAGGAUGUUGUUACUGCGAUGUUUCAGCAGGGAGAGGCAGAAUAGGGAUCAGAGAAGCCAGGCUGGGAUAUAGUAUGCGUGAGGUAUAUGCAGGUAACAGGGAAUUGAAUAAGAAGAGGAGACGAGCCACGAAGUGGCUUUACAAGGAGAGUGUACCACGUGAUGAUAUGAUUAAGGGGCAACCUGCAAGAGAACAUUUCUCAACCCUAACAACAAACAAAUGCGGCAGUGUUCCUUUUCCCGUUAAGUCGUUAACUUAAAUAAUC